UUUUAUUGAGACAUUUGUUGUUCCCUCCUUAGUUCUAGUGCAGAGAGAAUGAUCAGAUUUAAUUGAAGUCCUGGUUUGUUGAAUCAACAAACUGUAUCAUUAUAUCAUUACAUGCUUUCUCUCCUCUCACAUAAACCAUGCCUCUAGGUUUUUGUUCUGUUGUACGUGGGGUUGCUAUGGGUCAGAGCUGACUCGACAGCACCUAACAACAACGACUAGAUUUAAAUUUCAGUGUUAGCCAUCUAGGAACAGUAAUGUAAAUUUGUUAAUUAUAAUCUAGUUUCUCUUAGGAAUCAUUGAUAUCAACUCCCAAUUAUGUGAUAUUUUAAUUUACAGCAGUGCUAGGUGCUAAUAGAUAGUUGAAGAAAGUUGGUCUGCUUGACUUUCAGGUCUCAUUUUACGUGAUCUUUUUUAAAAUAAGCAAAAAGCAAACUUUGUAUUAUUUAUGAUUUAAAGGCUGAAGAGGAUUCCCACCUGGAUGGGGCUGUUCCGAUCCCUGCAGCAUCUGGCAAUGGGGAGGAUGACCUCCAGCAGGCCAUCCAGGCUGUGGUUGAUAAUGUGUGCUGGCAGAUGUCUUUGGACCGAAAGACCACGGCGCUGAAACAACUGCAGGGCCACAUGUGGAAAGCGGCAUUCACAGCUGGGUGCAUGAAAGCAGAGUUCUUUGAAGAUGUAGUUCCAGCAGUCAGGAAAUGGAGAGAGGCUGGAAUGAAGGUGUAUAUCUAUUCUUCAGGAAGUGUAGAGGCACAGAAACUAUUAUUCGGGCAUUCUACAGAGGGCGAUAUUCUUGAGUCCCCUCUCUUUGUUCAGCUUUUUGACGGUCAUUUUGAUACCAAGAUUGGACACAAAGUGGAGAGUGAGAGUUAUCGAAAGAUUGCAGACAGCAUUGGGUGCUCAACCAACAACAUCCUAUUUCUGACAGAUGUUACUCUAGAGGCCAGUGCUGCUGAGGAAGCAGACGUGCACGUAGCUGUGGUGGUGAGACCCGGCAAUGCAGGACUAACUGAUGAUGAAAAGACUUACUACAGCCUCAUCACAUCUUUCAGCGAACUCUACCUGCCUGCCUUAACCUAGAGAAGGAGUCAAGGGAAGACCAAACUGUUCCUCAGAGUCGUCCCUGUAGUCUAGUUUUAUUCAAAUGGUAAAAGUAACUUACUUAAAAAAUACAUAUAUACACACACAUAUGUAUUAUGCAGGUGGAUAUAUGUAUAUGUUCAGAAUACCUUCUACAGGCAUACAAGUGGGAAAAGAAGAAUACUUAGUUCAGUGAAAUGGAAGCUUAUUUAAAAAUGUAUUAUAUAUAGAAAUUGUUUGAUGCCACAACCCUAACCCUUAUUGAGGGCAAAGUGUAGUUGAUAGUAGACAUUAAUAAAAUAUAGAUCAAACAUGUUAUGUUUAUCAGGUCAUGUACCAAAAUGGAAAGCUAGUUUUGGGAAGUUAUUCUGAAGCCUUGCUAUUUUAAAAACAAAGUAUUUCAAAGGCUUAUUCUUAAUAAUGAUUUGUUGCCCCCGUUUAAUUGUGUGUUAGAAGAUUAUAGCAGUUGCAUUUCACAAUAUUUGCCUCCCUGUGUACAAACGACAAAGAUGUUUGCUUCUGCUCCAGAAGAACAAAAUCGGGAAAGAAAACUUACUCAAGUCGUAAUUGAGUAUCUGUUAGUUAAGAAGAAACUUGUUGAUCAUCAUGGCAGCCACAGCAAGCAAUUGCCUUAGCAGUGAAAAAGGUGCACUGACAUAACAGCUAAAACACACAUGUGGUUCUUAGUAUUUAACAAAACAUUCCUAAUCCUGCCAGCUGUUGUCGUUAAAGAUUUUAUGGUUGCCUUUUUAACUACUUAGCACAGGUUUAGAAUAUUGCUAUUUACUAUUAAUAAAAAAACAAAAAUAGUUUUACUGAAAUCAGUACAUAAGAUCAAAAAGAGCCCUAAUAUGUAAUAUUUUCCUCUGUAAUUGAUGGAUGUGAGAAAUAUAAAUUUUAUAACAGCAUUAUUUAUCCUGAUUCAGUUCUAAUAAGAGCUCGUGUCUGUUUCAUGUUGUGAUUAAUAAAAACUUUUUUUUGUUACUUUUAUGUAGGUUGCUGAACUAUACCACAAACUGCCAUAAGAAAAAGAGAAACAAAUU